GACAGACUCCUCAGUGGCCCCCCACAGUCCUCGGUGCCUUCCUCGCUCACUGCAUUUCUCUGAACUUCGCCCGCUUUCCUGUUUCGUCGCGUGUUCGUAUUUUUUUUUUCUUUCUUGGAUUCUCUCCCAGGCUCCAGCGCAGAGCGGCCAUCGCAUCCUCCUGCCUCGGACCAUUUCUGACCUCGACGACAUGCCGGCUUCAUGAUGCUCGCCCAUCAAUGCUCUGCGAGAACCUAUCUCGCCCUUUUGGUUGCCCUCCUCUUCAGCAUUCUCCUCCUAACUGCCCACCGCCUGCACAACGGCUAUCCGAUCGAUCUGCCUCACCUCCCCGAUGGCCUGAGGGACCACGAUGCCGGAGCCGGCCAGAAAGACCCCCAACGGGACCCAGAGAUCGAGACGUCGAGCACAGAAGCAGGCGGGUCACAAAGUCAGGCCGGCGCGAGCGGAACCGGAAGUGCAUCUUCCGACUUCUGCGGUCGCGACUGGGAGUUCCUGCGCAGCAAGGAUCUUGGCCUGACGGAAAACAUCGUGUACACGCGCCGCUGCGUCAAGCCCCUCCACGGCGACGUCGACCGCAAUGCCCUUGGCAACAUCAAGGACCCGCUCAUUUCUAGCACCACCAACCUCAACCUAAACGCCGACUGCUCGCGGGAGGCUCCGCCUCCAUGUGAGCCGCUUGUCCUCGAGGUGCCACCGGCGUUUCCCGAACCUAACGGCCAAUACGGCCAUCUCCUCUUCGGCAUUGCGUCCACGUACGAGCGCGUCAAAGAGUCGCUUCCUGUCUUCGCCCACUGGCUUGCCGACACCGGCGCCCAGCUGCUUGCCGUGGUCGCGGACGCUGAUGACCCCGUUCUCAAGCCCGACCUCAAGGCCCUCGAGGCGCAGUAUCGCGAUCAUAAGGUCAAUGCAACCAUCGUCUCCCCGAGGUUCAAGGAAUCCCUCCCGCGCAAGAACACCAAAGAUGAGAAGCCUAAGCGCCCGGCGGCCGUCGAACAGCUUCAUUUCCUCCUGAUCCGCGACAUGCUCGAGGCCUCCACCCCGCAAACCCAGUGGCUCGGCGUCCUCGAUGAUGACACCUUCUUCCCUGCCCUGCACCCCCUCUCGGUUGCCCUCAGCGAGCAUGACCAUACCAAGCCCGCGUGGUUAGGCGCACUAGCCGACAAUUGGAUCAGCAUCAAGAUAUGGGGUUAUAUGGCCUACGGCGGCGCCGGCACCUUCCUCUCGGUCCCCCUCGCCAGAGAGCUCGAUCCGCACCUCGAGGACUGCGUGCGCGAGACCGUCGUGCCUUCGGGCGACGGCAUGCUCCGAGAUUGCAUGUACACACGCACCACGACCAAGCUGACGAUUGUCGACGACCUGUACCAAAACGACAUUCGCGGCAACCCCGCCGGCUUCUUCGAGAGCGGCCGCCGCGUGCUGAGCAUCCACCACUGGAAGUCGUGGUACCAGGCCCCCGUGUCUAUCAUGGCCGCCAUCGCCCGCGUGUGUGGCGACUGCUUCCUGCAGCGCUGGCGCUUCGGGACAGAUACCCUACUGGCCAAUGGCUACAGCAUUUCGGUCUAUCGCGACGGCAUCGAUAAGAUCGACCUGGACCGCAUGGAGAGCACGUUCGACGAGGCCGAUGGCAGGUUCGAUUUCAUUUACGGGCCGUUCCGUCCGCGCCUGCCCGACGACAAGAAAAAGAGCUAUCAGCUGGAGGCGGUCGACGGCGGAUUCGGCAAGGGCGAGAAGUUCAGGCAGCUGUAUGUGCAUCGCUCCAAGAGGGACGAGGCCAACACGCAGGCGGUCGAUGAGGUAGUGGAAUUGGUCUGGGACAUCUGAGCGUCAUGCAUCGUUUGCGUCAUGGCCCGGGGCAUUCAUCUCCCUGGAGCCAACAGGCAGGUCAUGCCAAGGGAAAAGAGUCGCUUGGGAACAAGCUAUAGAGGACCGACGUAGACGGGGC